GGGUAUACUAAACACGAUUUAUUUUGUCUUUUUUCUUUAUCACAGCUGCAAUCAACAAGACUUAGAAUGCGAUGAGCAAAAAUAGACCUCAAUUCCGAAUUCAGAGAUAGCACGCACCAGGAGAAGCCAUGGCUACUCAAUCCCCUUCACCUCAGAACCUAGGUGGUGAAAUUGAGCAAACAGAAAAUGUAGAUCAGCAUAAUAGGGGAGAAGAGCUUGGUAAACAGAGUUCAGACACAUCGGUGUUUGUGAACUCAGAGCCAUUGCGUGAGGAACAAAUUCAGAAUGCUGUGAAAUUUCUGUCACACCCGAAAGUUAGAGGUUCUCCUGUCAUCCACAGACGAUCGUUUCUGGAGAAGAAGGGCCUUACGAAGGAGGAGAUUGAUGAAGCCUUUCGGCGUGUGCCUGAUUCACCUCCAAGUGUGCAGACAGCUGGCAUAAAUCAAGAUGGACAAUUGAAGCCAUCAUCAAACAUUCAGCAGCAAGGCCAACCACAGGCUUUGCAGCUGACUGUACCAGCUUCUACUGGUGUUACUACUACGCUUGGAACCUUAUCUCGCCGCAGUUUUCACUGGUCACAUGCCCUUAUUGCAGUUGGAUUACUGGCUGCUUCAGGUGCUGGUACAGUUAUAGUAAUUAAGAAUUCUAUUCUCCCUCGGUUAAAAUCCUGGAUACGCAAUGUUGUCCUAGAAGAGGGUCAUGAUCAAUCAAAGAGAACAGGCUCAAAACCAACAUUGGCAGAAGAAGCUGCACAGGCUGCAAAAGCAGCUGCAGUCGCAGCUGCUGAUAUUGCAAAAGCAAGCCAAGAAUUACUGAGUUCAAAAAUUGAAGAGAAGAGAUAUUUUGUAGAAGUUGUGAACCUUUUGGAUAAGCAAGUGCAGGAAAUGAAGUUGAUGACUAAUGCAAUAGGAAGAUUGGAAGCUUCUGGUGGACUCUCUGUCUCAAAGCAAGAAGACCGCUUAGUCACUCAAACAGGUUCAAAGAAACAGCAACUGAUCGUGAAUGGGAAGUCAGACUAUGAGUCCCGAUCAGUGAGAUCUUCAUCCCCUCCUGUAUCUGUUGAACCAUCUAGUGCUCCUCAUCCUAAAUCAUAUAUGGAGAUAAUGGCCAUGAUCCAACGAGGGGAGAAGCCUUCUAACAUUAGGGAAAUUGAUGAUUCAGCCCCCAACCCUUAUCAGCAACCAUCAAAUCCUCGCUUAGCACCUAGAGCCAAGCCUUGGGAGGUUAGUCAGGUGCAAAACACCUCAACCCAAGUCCUUCCGUAUCAAGUAAAUGGCAAGAUCCAAGAUAAUGGUGACAACACAGUACCCUGGUGGCAAACAAAGAACGUCAGAAUCAAAGAGAUCGAUAAUGAAAUUGAGUAUAAUGGAGCACCUGCUGCAUCCAGUCCGCAGCCAGUCCAACGAGCGUGGGUUCCUCCUCAGCCUCCUCCUAUAGCAAUGCCAGAGGCUGCAGAAGCGAUCAGACGCCCAAAGCAGGUAGUCCAAAAGGAAGUGACACUGGAUGAUCAGUCAGCAGCUCAUUCUUCAGACCUCACUAAUGGAUCCAAAUCCGAAGAUGCAAUAGAAGGCAACGUUGUCAACUCACUUGUCAGCUCUGGUGAGAUCCAAAACCAUGAAGUUGGUUACGAAGAGAAAUGAAGGUAGAUCUUUGUACUUGAUCAUCUUGAUUCCUCAUAACAAUACAUGAAGUUGGAAAUAGAACUUGAAUUUGUCUCAAGUUCUGAAAUAGCUUGAUCUGGUUCAACUCUUAUUUCUUUGUUAUGUGUUCUGUUAUAUGAAGGUUGAGUCUUGCGUACACCAAAGCAUGAAAUGUCGAAAUGUUAAUAGUCGGUGGUUACCGUGUUUUCUUCCUAAAUACUGUUUCACUUUAUAGAAGCAACACCACUUGUUCAUUGACCAAAAUAUUACCUUUGGAUAGUGUCGUGAUUAGAAGACUCUUUUUAACAA